UGUUCAGUCUCAACGUGCACACGUCUCUGUGUGGGUUAUAGUGAAGUGCAGUGUUAGUGCUCAACGCAACGCAUCGGAGAUUCGAAAAAAAAAGUAACUACAAUACAAAAAUAAUAUCAAACACAAUGGUUCCCUCAAGCAGAAGGAUGUGGCUCUCCAGCAUCGUAUCUUCAACCCUGUUCGUGAUGGCGAUGUCAGCAGGCAACGAGUACCUCCCUCCCAGCAAGGGUUACAACUACGAACCUCCUUCAAUUCCAUUCCCCACCAAUAAUAAUGGAAACAAGCAACCAACCCCACCGACCAUCAGGCCGAACCCGACGCCUCAGAGGCCGUACCUCCCACCUGUGCAGCCUACUCCAGGCCCAGGACCCGCGCCGACUCCAGGACACCAUGACCAUCACCACGAACACCACGAGCAUCACGACCAUGGCAACGGCAACCAUGAUCACGGUGAUCACCAUCAUCACGAACCUGGCAUGCCCUUCGACUUCUCCUACCAGGUGGCGGAAGAUGGCAAUGAUUACAGCCACAAUGCGAUCUCCGAUGGUGACAUAACCAGGGGAGAGUACAGAGUGGCCCUGCCCGAUGGUCGUACCCAGAUCGUGAAAUACACAGCUGACUGGAAGAACGGUUUCAACGCAGAGGUUACAUACGAAGGUGAAGCGAGGUACCCUGACCAGCCAGCUGGCGGUUACGGCAGCGGCAGUGCGUCAGGAAACGGUUACGGCAGUGGAAGCGCAUCCGGCAACGGUUACAACAGUGGAUCCGGCAGCACUGGUGGCCAAGCUUACGUACCACCCAGCCAAGGAGGCGGCUACCAAUACUAAACAAAACCCCCAACGAAUACGCAGGUUUACAAUGAACUGAAGAUUUUAUUUCUUACUAAAAUUACGCGAAAGUUGUAACUGUAGUCGAUUAAUUACUAAUGGAACGAUCCCCUCUCUACAUCUGUCACUAUGACAGUUAUAAAUACAUGUUUCGUGUGAGGCACUGGAACGCUUUUCAAAUGCCUAACUCGAUCUUGUCGAAAUGUGAUCAUGGAACCACAUGACAAUAAAUUCGCGUAAUAUUAGUCUGAAAUAUUGUGUCCAACACGUCUGUUAAUAAAUUACCUUGUAACUGCUAAUAUUCUUUAAAACAUACAAGAUUUUAAUCAACCCUUUAUUUACAAAAUGGCAUGCCUACAAUAUCACGAAAAAGUCGACUAAAGAGUCUGAUUGAAAUCCUGUGCGUCGUAAAGAUUUUAUUAGUAUAAUUGUUUUUAAUAUAAUACCUUUUUAUGUUAAGUUAGUAUUUUAUUAACAUAGUUACCGAAAUAUAGUUACCAAUUGUUAUAAUUAAAUAUAUUUAAUAUUAAAAUUUACUUCAGUGGCAGGUAAUCAAUGCUACAAAACUGGGCAGAUGACCUUGUAUUUCCUUGUUUUCCCAUAAAUAUAUACCUACAAUUAUUCAUUUUUAUUACCUAUAAAGAAAUCUAGCCAUAUGUACCUAGUUGAAUUAAUUUAUGAGAGUAGGUACAUAAUGUUUACUGCUAGUUUUACAUAUUUACCUAUUUUAUUACCUGUGUAGCUCUUUAAUGUAAAAUAGUAUAACUAAAUAAUAAUACCUUUUGUAUUAUAAAAAAGGAAGCUAGAAACCAUAUUGUGAUGUUUAAAAAAAGACAAAAUUGCUUGUAAUAGUUUUUAAUUAAUAAUACUCAUUACACUGCCGUAUUUUGUAUAUUUAUUGUAUAGGAUAGAGGAGUAAAUUUGACAAAUCAUUGUUAAAAUAUGAAAUGUCCUUUUGUACCUUAUUUUUUUAUAAAAAUAAAUGUAAGCUACAG